GGAUGACGUGAAGGAAGUGGAGUGCCAUGGGAGAUGUGCAGCCGGGCACGGACACCCUUCUUAGCGGGGCUGCUUGGAGAUACGCCGCGCGCGGGUAGAAGGGGGCAGGGCUGCCGCUGGCCCUUUAAGCGCGUGCCCGUGAACAGCCUACAAAGCUGAGAGGCGCUCGGCUUUCUGCUCAGUGGGUGUUGCCGCCGCAGCCGUCGAGAUGCCGAUGCUCGUGAUUAACACCAACGUGAGCCGCCAGGCCGUACCCGAGAAUCUGCCCGGGGAGCUGACCCAGCAGCUAGCCAAGGCUACUGGCAAACCAGACCAGUAUAUUGCAAUCCACAUCGUGACCGACCAGCUGAUGACUUUUGGGGGCUCGGCCGAACCAUGUGCCCUGUGUAGCUUACACAGUAUCGGCAAGAUAGGUGGGCCGCAAAACAAGGCUUACUCGAAGUUAGUGUGUGAGCAGCUUACUAAAUACCUGCAAAUACCUGCGGACAGGGUCUACAUCAACUAUUACGAUAUGAGUGCUAGUAACGUGGGGUGGAACGGAUCCACCUUUGCAUAGAUCUCUCAGUGGCCUCCCUAAGGGCCUGUUGUGUCCUUUGUGCACCUCAGCUACCAUGGCCAAGCCCACCUCCCUAAUGCAAGCAACUUACUAGUCUCUUGUGUGCAUCAUAGUUGUAACAUUCCACCAUACCAAUGGAAAAACAAUAAAAGCCUAGAUGGAUGUUGA